AUGCCUAGUCAACAGCCCUUGAUUGACUCUGCCCCCCCCCCCCCUCCGCUUCAAGGACGGAAUACUAUUCCAUCUUUGUUGCCAGCUCUGUCGCUGAGUUCCAAGAUCUACAAAGCGGUGAUAUCGCCGUUCCAGAAGCUCCAGUUGCUCUUCCCAAGAGUGUCUGGAACAUUGGACCUGAAAUUGGUGGACCAAGCAAAGAUUUUACUGCGACAAACUGCGACAAACUGCGCUACUACAACAUUCCAUAAGUUCAACAAACUUCCUGUUGAGCUGCAAACAACGAUAUGGAGAUUGCCUUUCCGAAAGCCAAGGAUCUUUAGAUUGGGGCCUAUUCCUGAACAUAACGAAGCAGGAUGCAUACGAAUCAUAUUUCCUCACAAACCUCCAGCUUCUGCGCAAGCGUGUCGCGAAUCUCAGGCUCUUUUCAAAGGGGAAGCCAGACAGUUAUUCGGACUGAACAUCGGCAUUUACAAAAGCCUUUGGUUUCUACCAUCCACGGACAUUGUCUAUUGGGACAAGGAGAUGGUAUGCAGGUAUUUACUGCCUGGUACGGAUGAAAUUGACGACGUUUGGAACGUUGCGAUGAAAUGGCCCGAUAUAGAAGAGUCCGACGUCAAACUAGAUCCGCUGCUCGAAGAUGUUCGAGAGAUGUUUCCAGACUGUAAGAGACUCAUGUUCGUUAUGAGACACCAGCCUCUGCUCGAUACUGAUAUCAGUUUUAUCCAAGUCAAAGACGAUGACAAGAUGCACAUUCGUUGGCAUGGAGACUGGAGCUCAUGGGGUGACAUCAGGCGAGAUAUUCAUGAGUAUUGGCCAAAGUAUGAUCACGAGGAUCAUACUGUGGUACCAAUGGUGGAGGCUGUUAAGGUGAUGCGUGUUCGUGAUGGAACUUAA